AUGAGCGAACAAACCCAACUCCAGUUACUCGUCCCUUCUUCAUCUCCUUCAUCUCCAUGUUCUCCUCCUUCCCACAACCCGCAAGACGAAGAUCCACAGGGUCAUGAUUUGCUUCCGGCCUUUAAGUCCUAUCCUCAAAUCAAACCCAAAUUCCCGCCUCAAUUGAACCCACGUGAUCUAAUCGUGACAAAAAAAUCUCAAGAUGAAACUCUACCCCCAAUUAUCUCGAGGGUACCUAAUGCCUUUAUCAUUUAUCGCAAGCAAUUCGUGAAAAGUGCCCGUGAACAAGGUUACUUCUUGCCGAUGACCGUGAUUUCAUCGAUGGCUUCGGCGUCUUGGGAAAACGAAGACGAAGAGGUUAAACUUGAAUACAAGAGGAUAGCAAAGGAGGUUUUAAAGUGUAAAAAAGAAAUGUAUCCCAAGGUUAGCAAUAGGAAAAGGAAGGAUAAGUGGAAUAUUGUUCAUUAUCGACCUAGAUCUUUAAAGAAUGGUGGAAGGAGAACGAGUGUAAAAAAAGAGGAGAUAAGGGACCAGAAUACUGACAUGAGUUUUGGUGACGAUGCGACUAAAGCCAAUGGCGUGAGCGACUGCUGCGAUACUAUUGGGAAUGAUGUGAAUUGGUCAGUAUACCUGACUCCUGCACUUUCAGAGUCAACGUCAUCGUUAUCAUCCCGAUCGUCAGUAUCAUCGCCGACAUUCGGUCUGACGCCUCAGGAUCAUAAGAUUUCGGAUCUUUUGUCUGAAAUUUUUAAUAACUCUGAUAUCCAUAAAAACGACGAUAUCACCAGCUCGACUGGCUUAUUGAACUUUGACCAUUUGACACCAACUUCCACACAUUCGAGUCCAGUUUUGUCGAAUGAGUUGAUCGCAAAGAAUCACGAAGACUGCACCGAAUCAAAUUUCUAUGGAUCCGACACUUGUGAAGUAAAGAGGUCGAAUGACGAGACAAAUAAACAGAACCAAAUUGAUCUUACUAACUUUGAGUUCGCCGACGACUCUGAACGUCAAAAAUUUGAAGAGCUUUACAAUACACAUUAUCAACUUUUAUCUAACUUUGUUCCAAACUUUGAGAUUCCGAAUGAAUUUUUAAAUUUAAUACCGGACGGUAGCAUUACCGGAUCGAAUAAUGAAUUCUUUGAUAGUUCGUACAACGAUUUCAAUAACAUGAACAAUGAAUUUUAUAACCUCAAUGAUUCAUUUAACAAUACUUAUGGUAACGAAUGUACGGAGGAGAACGGCAUUUUUAAUAACUGUCCAAAUUUUGACCUUUCAAAUUCACUAGGUAUUUAUAAACACAACGGCGUAUAG